AUGGCGACACAAGCUACAUCUCCGCCAGCUGGUGUAUCACUGCAGAAUGGUGUAAAUGGUGCAAAGAGUCCUAAUCAAACUAUCGCUCAUCCGCACGGCCAAACACCAGUACCUCUGCCGAGCUAUGCUCCUCCUUCGCGAUCUGCGUCAGUCACCUCUGCCCCUACUGCGCAAAAGCCAAGCGCUUCCCCUACGCAAACAACUCCUUUUCUUCCACCAGGACAGCACCAAUCUCCGCCAAUGCAAGCAAACACUUUGAACCAGACAAUUCCGCAACGCCCUCAGACGCAGACGCCCAAUGCUCCACCGCAGGCACGAGGUCUGAUGUCGCCACCACUGAACCAAUUGCCGCAGUCCGUCGAAUCGUCAAAUCACUACCAUGAAUUGACUGCUUUAGUCGAGAAGACGCCGGCUUCUGUUGUUCGCCAAGUUGUUCGAGACAAAUGGGAAAAGUCUCUUGCGGGCUCACAGUAUCACAUUGCUUUCUUGUUGAAUGCGACUAUGCACCAAGCAUCUCCUGAUACUAUUGCUAAGGCCGUCCAGGAGUUCGGUGCAAGCCUAGUACAAAAGUCUAAGCGUGAGUUAUUGGGUCACCUCAACGCGAGUGACUUUGACGAGCUCGCCGACCUGAUACUCCCUCGGGUUAGUACACAGUUUCUGGACAGGGCGCUUGCAAGGCGUCUGGAGACGGUACCAGCCCGACAGCUUGUCAACGCGUUGGCGCGUGCAGAACGGCUGGGCUACGAUGUCAAGGAUAUCGUCCAAGAGCAUAAUGAGCAUGUCAUCCCUUCCUUGCACUCGUUGCCGGUGCAGCCGCAGCCGCAGCCCAUGGGGCCUCUAACAGACACGGCACUUAGUGCGAGGCAGUAUCAUACUCACCCCGUCGCUUCGCAAACUCCCCCACCGCCAAUGCAAUAUGUGAAUCAACCAGUGGCUCAAACUCCAAAGACGAACUACCCGUCAGACCUUCCAGGACUCGUUUGGUGUAAGUGUGGUUGGCCAUGCGCUUCGCAAGCGGCACUCGAUUAUCACCACAAGAAGAGCGCUUGCAACAGAAUCCAAGCGAAUGACGUAGCUGGAAGAGAUAUUUGCCUCUUUUGCGGUUGCAGAUUCGGUAGUGGCGGUGGUUUACUCUACCACGAGAAGUCCAACGUCUGCGGAAACCACUCCCGUGAGAAUGCUGAAAAGAUGCGGAAGUUGCUUCUUGCUCUUCGUCCUGAGAAUCCCCAGCCUCCUGUGCCAGACGCCUCUACUCAAAUCACACACAUCCCAUACACUCAAGUGCCAAUACCGUCAACUCAGCCACAAACAGCCUGGGCUCACUCAACGCCAUCACAUCCUGCUGGUACUCCAAGUCGUGAUUCGGGUCGCGAUCCAUACGCUCACCUCAGUCCUGAGGAUUUGAACAGGUUUAAUGAUAUCAUGAAAAGUGCCGAAGCAAAGUACGGAGGUCUGAUGAAAGAUGCCAUGCUUCUCGACGAGCCAGAGAGAUCGAAACGAUUAGCAAGUCUAAAGAACUCGUACAACACAAAACAAAGCACCACUCGCAAGAAAUUUGGUAUCCGUCUUCGCGAGAGGCGAACCAGAGGAGAGAUCGAGGCUGAGGAGGCUCGACUGAUCGGGACUCCAAGUGGCACCGCGACUCCACCACAGGCUACAGCCACAUCUGAUGGCGAUUUUCACUCAAGGAAGAGGGCACGAACCGACGAUGACCAGCUGCCGUCGUCGAGCGCAAUAAAUAGGACGCAAGAGAGUCCCCAGAAGAGGGUUCCUGUAUCAGAGAUGGGCGGACUCUCGGGGUCAUCAGCAACCGCAGAGCUCACAGAUCCUACGGCAUACUUGAACCCAGCUCAACCCCGUUAUGCGCUGUCAAAAGCAGCCGCCCGCGGUGACCAGCCCAAGGCGUUUGGUUCUGCGGAGCGAAGCAGAACAUCGAUGGGAGGAACCCUCGAUGAUCCCAUGUCGAUUGACGACGAUGACGAUUCGGAAACAGACAGCGAUAACGAUAGCGAUAGUGAUGGCGACAUUCCGGCUACUAUCUCCUAA